ACCAAACGUGCUGGCAAAUGCACUAGUAUGCAUGCCAAUGCCAAAAAUAAAGAAAGAAGAAGAUGCGGCAAUGUCAAACAGCUUUCAAGAAACAGUAAUGACAGAACAUUGGUUAUCUAAUUUUUAGUUCGCUUAAAAAUAGGUUUAACAUGUAUUAAAAAAUAUUAAAAUAAUUGACAAAUAUAUUGCCAUGGAGCAUUUAUUAAGAGGUCAAUUUGGUCGAAUCAUAAUAAGUACAUAUUCCCAUACACCUUUAAAGUAUGGUCCUCAAAAAUCUUGUCAAAGAGGAAUGUGUAUAUUGUGGAGUGGAAGAACUCUUGAUAGAUCUAGACCUUUACUAAAACAACAAUAUAUUUAUCAAAGAAGAGAAUAUGGUAUGCUUAUAGCACGAGCCCUUAGAGGAGUAUUAAAAAUAAGAUAUUUGUUGCUUGGUGGAGCUGUAGCAGGUGGAGGAGCAUUGCAAAAGAAGUAUAAUGAUUGGAAAGAUGGAUUGCCAGAUAUGAAAUGGCUAGAUGAAGUUCUGCCCGACAAUGAAAAAUUUCAACAGUGGAGAGCCAAUUUAGUUGAUUUUAAAGAUAAUAUUAAAAAUAAUAUUGAACUUGAUCCUAGAAUAAAAGCACUUACUGAAAAUAAAUACAAUGAGUUUAAGUCAUGGUUUGAUCAAAGACUGGAUGAUGCCAUUGCUGCAGCAGAAGCGCAAGAAUCUGCACAACCUAAUAAAGAAGGUGCUGUUGCCAAGCUUUUAUACAGACUGUACUCAGAAGGCAAAAAGGAAAUCAUUCAAAAAACUAUGGUUUAUGCAGCUAAUCCAUUUUCUGCUGAUGAGAAAGCUAGAAAAGAGACUCAAGAGAGGUUAAAUAAUAUACAAGAUGAAAUGAUGCAAACUCAAAUUAAGUACCAAAGAGAAUUAGAAAGGUUAGAAAAAGAAAAUAAAGAAUUGAGAAAACAAAACUUAUUAUUGAAACAAGGAAAGAAGCCACUUACUAGAAAAAUUAAACGCAGCCUUAUUGAUAUGUACAGUGAAGUACUAGACGAACUUGCUGAUUUUGACAGUGGAUACAAUACUCAAGAUCAGUUACCCCGUGUUGUGGUUGUUGGAGAUCAAAGCAGCGGAAAGACUUCAGUUUUAGAAAUGAUUGCGCAAGCUAGAAUCUUCCCCAGGGGAGCAGGUGAAAUGAUGACCAGAGCUCCAGUAAAGGUUACAUUGUCCGAAGGACCAUACCACAUAGCACAAUUCAGGGAUUCUACCAGAGAAUUUGAUCUCACAAAAGAGUCUGACUUAUCGGAUUUGCGUCGGGAAGUAGAACUAAGAAUGAGAAAUAGUGUUAAAGGUGGAAAGACUGUUUCAUCCGAAGUUAUCUCCAUGACAGUUAAAGGUCCUGGAUUACAAAGAAUGGUACUUGUAGAUUUACCAGGAAUAAUUUCAACACAAACGACAGACAUGGCUGCUGAUACUAGAGAAAGUAUUAAACAAAUGACUCAAGCUUAUAUGAAUAAUCCUAAUGCUAUUAUUUUAUGUAUACAGGAUGGUGCUGUAGAUGCAGAACGAAGUAACGUUACAGAUCUUGUGGCAUCGUGUGAUCCUAGCGGCAAAAGAACGAUAUUUGUUUUAACCAAAGUUGAUAUGGCCGAAGAAAAUUUAGCUGAUCCUAACAGGAUAAGAAAGAUAUUAUCGGGUAAAUUAUUUCCUAUGAAGGCUCUCGGAUAUUUUGCUGUUGUUACAGGAAGAGGACGAAAAGAUGAUUCUAUACAAACAAUUAAAGAUUAUGAGGAAAAUUUUUUCAGGGGUUCAAAAUUAUUUAAAGAUGGAGUAGUAAAGUCAACACAAGUGACGACGAGAAAUUUAAGUCUUGCCGUUGCUGAUUGUUUCUGGAAGAUGGUGAAGGAGACGGUUGAACAGCAAGCAGACGCAUUUAAGGCAAGGCGAUUUAAUUUAGAAACAGAGUGGAAAAAUAAUUUCCCAAGACUUCGUGAACAAGACAGGGACGAGCUUUUUGAAAGAGCUAGAACCGAAAUUCUAGAUGAAAUUGUUAAUUUAUCUCAAGUUAGUCCGAAGCAUUGGGAAGAGACUUUGUUACAAAAUAUUUGGGAAAAAGUGUCUCCUCAUGUUUUUGAAAAUAUUUAUUUUCCAGCUGCCCAAACAGGAUCAGCAGAGACUUUUAAUACUGCUGUUGAUAUUAAACUCAGACAAUGGGCAGAUACGGCAUUACCGACACAAUCGGUACAGUCAGGUUGGGAGACUCUCCGAACUGAAUUUGAAAGGUUUUUGCAAAAAGCAGCUGAAGCACCUGAUCAUGAUGAUAUAUUUGAUCUACUUAAACAAGCAGUUGUUAAUGAGGCAAUGGUUAGACAUGUGUGGGAAAGUAAAGCUUCCGAAAUGCUUAGAGUGAUUCAACUCAAUACAUUAGAGGAUAGGACGAUAGGUGAUAAAAGGGAUUGGGAUCAAGCAGUUAAGUUCCUUGAAUCAAGUGUUAAAGAAAAACUUCGGGAAAGCGAAAUAAAUCUAAAACAAUUAUUAGGGCCAUCCGCCAAAGAAAGAUGGCUUUAUUGGAAAUAUCAAUCGGAGCUAGAAAGCAAAAGCAGAAGUGUUAAGAAUGAACUCGAUAAAAUUUUGUAUGCUAAUGAAAAACAUCCACCAGGAUUAAGUUACGAUGAAUUAACUACAAUAAGAAACAAUCUUCAACGUUCUAGUAUUGAAGUCGAUAAUGAAUUUAUAAGGGAAGUUUGGAAUGCUGUAUAUCGACGGCACUUCCUAAAUGCAUCUUUAACAAGAGCUUAUGACUGUAGAAAAGCUUUCUAUCUCUACCAUCAACAAGCGAGUGAUGUGGAUUGUUCAGAUGUUGUAUUAUUUCAUAGGAUACAACAGAUGAUGAAAGUGACAUCGAAUGCCUUAAGACAACAAAUUACGAAUAGAGAAGCUAGAAGAUUAGACAAGGAGAUUAAAGAGGUGUUAGAAGACUAUAGCCAAGAUAAUGAUAAGAAAAUUCAGUUACUUACAGGUAGAAGAGUUACACUAGCAGAAGAGUUAAAGAGAGUGAGGCAGAUUCAAGAAAAAUUAGAAGAAUUUAUACAAGCAUUAAACAAAGAAAAAUAAGUCUAGAUGUAUUUUAAAUUUUAAAAUAUACUGAUACAUUUUAUACCAAAAAGAGUGUGAAAAACUUUUUGUGAAUUCGUACUAAUAAAACCACAUUUAUGUA